ACCCCUUUUUCAAAGAUGACGAAAGACAUAGUUAGCGAAAUCAUUGAUGACCACAAAAUCAUCAGGAAUCUUGCGCAACGGUACGAAAAUGAAAAUAAUACGGAUGAGCGUCAAAAAAUCGCAAACACCGUAAUUCGCGAGAUCGCAGUUCAUUCAGCAUGUGAGGAAAUUAACUUAUACCCCGCGUUUGAAAGGCACUUUACUAAUGGCAAGGAAAUCGCGGAUCAUAGCCGCGAAGAACAUCUCCAGGUCAAAAAAGAUCUUUACAAGUUGGAUUCAAUGAAAGUCACUGAUAAUGGAUACCAUGAAUUAUUCGGAAAGAUGUUGAAGGAAUUAGUACACCAUAUUGAUGAAGAAGAAUCCGAUUUCCUGCCGAAGUUCAAGGAGACCAUUUCUCAAAAUGAAUUAGAAAGUUUGGGUGCAAGUUUUGCCAAAACUCGUGUUACUGCUCCAACUCAUCCUCAUCCUAGUGCACCUGACAAACCACCAGCAGAAAGUCUAGCCGGAAUGACAGCCCUCCCUCUUGAUAAAACACGUGAUGCCGUGCGAGACUUUGUUGAUACCGGACGCGAUAAGCUUUAAAAUUGUUCUCCUUAUAUUUAUCUUUCUUUGAGUGUUUAGGAAAUUUUAGUGUUCGAUAUAAUUUUUUUUUUUAAUAAAAAUGCUUAUGUCUUAAUAUAAAUGAAUCAAUAAUG